AUAUACUGCAAUUGUCUGUCUGGUCCUGCUUGAUUUCGUUCUCCUCUUUCUCCGGGCUCCUCCACCGCUCCACUUUCCCCGUCCCCUGACAAGGACUCACACAGAAGGCGUGUCCUCUCGGGGCGGUUACUGCCGCUGCGGAAGGCAGCUUAAAAGCUAUAAAAGAAGUGAUCGAGUGCCGGUUUGAGCUGCAUUUCCCGCCUCUGCUUUCCUCCGAAGGACUCGGAGCCGGUGCCGAAAAAAACAGCUGGAGCGCCGCCCGCGGUGCCUGGGGGCGAAAGAGAGGGCCAGGGCACGGCAAAGCCAUAGAGGGCGCUAGGCAAGCCUCAAUGCGUGGUCUAGCUGCCUUUGCAACAUGCUGGAACUACAGAUCAGCUAAAAGGAGUUUGCACACGACUGUUGGAGCUGGAUUGCAGCGCUCUCUUUCCUUAUGAAGAAGACACAAACUUGGAUUAUCACUUGCUUUUAUCUUCAAUUGCUCCUACUUUAUCCUCUUGUUAAAGCCCAACGUCCCUGUGGGAAUCCGGUGACAGAUGAUGUAAAUGAAAUUGCAAUACUGGUUGGAAAUCUUCCAGAUGAUUAUAUGAUAGCUCUUAGAUAUGUCCAGAAGACGGACACAUUGCCUUACCAUUGUUGGUUGCAUUUGAUGGUCCCUGAAUUGUUAAACAGUCUAAAUAAUCUUCUCAAUAAAUUUAAAGAAUUUCCAGAUAUGUCAAAUGUCUUGAGUAAUUAUUCAAUUAUCAAUAAACUAAGGAGGAUCAUCAUUGAUGUGAUGGCAUGCUUACCUUCUACCACAUAUAAUAAGAAUUAUAGCCAACAUGACCAUCUAUAUGAAGAAGAUAAAUUUGUUCCAGAAGAGUUCUUUAAGCACUUUUACAGCACUAUUGAGGCCUACAAAAACUUUUCAAAAAGACCAGAACAAAGUGACUGCAUUCUUCCCUCAACAACAGAAGCCUCUCCAAAUGAUUCAAGCACCAGUGUCACAGAGCCAUUUUUAUUACAUCCUGUUGCAGCCAGUUCCCUUAGGAAUGAUAGCAGUGGCAAUAACAGCAACAAAGCAGAAUUGGACUUCCUCAGUAAGCCUAGCAAUCAAGUAUUGAGCAUAGCACUUUCAUCAUUGGUGGCUUUUGUCUUUGGCUUUGUUUUGGGAGCCAUAUGUUGGAAGAAAAGGACCUGCAGGCAUAUACUACAAAUUCACCAGACUACACAAUCUAACAUCAACCAAGAAGAUAAUGAGAUAAGUAUGUUGCAGCACAAAGACAAAUCGCUUCUACAAGUGUAGCUGUUUCUUUUUUAUAUAUACACUGUUACUGCUUCACGUCUAGGCAGCUAACAGUUCUAAGUUUGCUUCAUAAAUGAAGCAGCUUUAAGCAUAUUUGUAUUGCUUUUGGAGUGACAGACUGAGUCUGCAUCUGUUGCUGUUGCCCAUGACUCCAUAUUCACACUGUAGAGCUGUGGAUAAAAGCUGUGCUCCUGUGAAACCAACAUGGAAUUCAACAUCACCAGAGAAAAGAGCCUACAGCAAAAAGGAUUACCACUUUUAAUGCUGAUCAAAGUGUAUCUUUGCACCUUGGAUCUGCACUGGAUUUUAGCAAAUGCAGUAAGAAGAUUUUUGUGAUCCAAGAUAUAAGGAAGUUUGUAUUGGAUACACAAAUGGAGACUAUGAAUAGAAGAAAUAUACGGAAA